AUGCCCCGCGCAUCAAAAUCCACGCGACACUCGCCCGGGCUUCCCUCUUCGACUUUCGUUCUCGACAACGGUGGCUAUAGCAUCAAGGCUGGUUUCGCACCUUUAGAACUCGUGGGGGACACGGAAGCUCUGCUGAAAUGUCAUAUUAUCCCAAAUACCCUCGUCCGCAGCCGUGAAAGAAAAGUCUACGUUGGUUCGCAUUCGGAGGAAAUCACACAAUGGAGCGAAGCAUUGUUUCGCCGUCCUGUCGAAAACGGCCAAGUCGUGAGCUGGGAGGCGCAAAAAGAGAUAUGGGAUCAAUCUUUCUUCAAUGAGCGGACUGCUCACAAGGAUUUGCUGGUUAAGAGUCCCGAGGACACGACCUUGAUUUUCACAGAGCCACCCAAUACUAUGCCCGCUUUUCAGAAGAAUGCGGAUGAGAUUAUCAUGGAAGAAUGGGCAUUUGGAGGCUAUUCAAGGGUUAUUGGCCCGUCACUUAACGCCUACAACGAUCUUCAUCCACUCUUCGAAGGGCCCUCCUAUACGAAGCCAGACAACAACCCUAUGGCUAGCCUACCAAUGGAAUGCGUUCUCGUGAUUGACAGCGGUUACAGCCAUACCACAAUUACGCCGCUGUUCAACGGCCGGCCAUUGCACCGAGCAAUUCGACGUUUAGAUUUUGGUGGUAAACAUCUCACGAAUUUGUUAAAAGAAGUCAUCUCCGUUCGCCACUUCGAUCUGCAUCAAGACACCAAGAUCGUCAAUGACAUCAAGGAAGAUGUCUGUUUCGUCAGCAACGAUUUUCGAAGAGACCUGGAGAAGACAUGGAAAGGAAAUAAAACGCGGCAGAAAUCGACACCGUCGAAACCCAAGGAUUCUCACGGAGUCAGGGAUACUGAACAGAUGGUCUCCGCCGAAGACGAGGAGAUUCGAGUCGACUACAUCCUCCCUGAUGGCAUACGCGUUCUUCGGGGGUUCAGCCGGCCUCACGAUCCGACCCCCACCGCUGCACGGAAGCGAAAACAGGCCGCCCUUUCCUCUGAACCAGACGCCGAAAUCUCAAUGACGUUGGGAAAUGAACGUUUCUCUGUCCCGGAAAUCAUCUUCUCACCCGGUGACAUAGGCUCGAAACAGCCCGGUUUGCCGGAUAUUGUGAUGCAAUCGCUGAGCGUCCUCCCGCCGCUCGUGCAGGUCACCAUGCUAAGCAACGUCCUCCUAGUCGGCGGAAAUGCGAGAAUUCCUGGCUUUCUGGAGAGACUCGAAGCAGAGUUACGCACGAGGGUGAAGACGGAAUGGAUGGUUCGCGUCCGCAAGAUGUCCGAUCCCGUUACUUCGACGUGGCUUGGUGGCGCCAGGCUGGCGAAUGGAUUUCCUGAGAUUGUCCGAGAGUACGGUGUUACGAGAGAAGAGUAUCUUGAGCAUGGCAGUGCAUGGGUUGCUAGGCGGUUUGUGAGCGGUGGGAGCGGGAAAGGCCCUUGA